GAAGGCGGGUUGAUGAUGGUUGCCAGGAGCCUGUUUGGCGCGACUCUUGGGAUCAGAGGACUAGUGGCUGUGUCUCAAUUCUUCUUCCGGCCGGGUCUAAGGCUGGACUUGGAACGGGUUCUGCUCCGCCCCACCGGAACCUUUGCAGGCUGCCUGGGGCCUGGAGCCCUCCGUCCACCCAACCCUAGCGCUCGGGCCAUCAUCCAUCCCUCCAUCACGGCCUCAGGCCCUGGGGUCAGCUGUCCCCGAAUCCUAACCCCCUUUCAGCGUCCCCCAACCCCACGUCUCCGCUAGUACCUGGUUACUAUGGUGAAGCUAGCUGCCAAAUGCAUCCUGGCAGGAGACCCAGCCGUAGGCAAGACGGCCCUGGUGCAGAUGUUCCGCAGCGACGGGACCUAUUUCCAGAAGAACUACACCCUGACAACUGGAGUGGAUUUGGUGGUGAAGACAGUGCCAGUUCUUGACACAAAUGACAGUGUGGAACUCUUCAUUUUUGACUCAGCUGGCAAGGAGCUGUUCUCUGAAAUGCUGGAUAAGUUGUGGGAGAAUCCCAACGUCCUGUGCCUUGUCUAUGAUGUGACCAAUGAGCAGUCCUUCAUCAGCUGCACCAAGUGGCUGGAGAAGGUCCGGUCUCAGACUUCAGGCAUCUCCCUCCCAGGUGUUUUAGUGGGAACUAAGACAGACCUGGCUGGCCGACAAACAGUGGAUUCUGCUCAGGCCCAGGUAUGGGCACUGAGUCAAGGCCUGGAAUUCUUUGAGACAUCUGUGAAGGAGAUGGAUAAUUAUGAGGCCCCGUUCCACUGUCUGGCCAAGCAGUUCUACCAGCUGUACCGGGAGAAAGUGGACAUAUUCCAUACCCUGGUGUGAGGGUGCAGCGGACUGUCCUGAAGGGCUGCCCACUCUGGCGUGCCGCUGCUGCUGUGAACCCAGCAGACCAUUGUCUUUCCAGGAGACAGAAGGUGGGAUCACCUGGGACUUCUCAGUAUCCACCACGAUUUUCAAUAAAAUGAGAAGAGCA